AUGUCGAAAGAGAACAACAAAGGGGAGAAUGAAAAAAGCAACGAAAUCUUGAGUAGUCUCAAAAUUAUCCAAAAAACUCUUGCAACUAGUUCGGAAAAUGCAAAUCAGUCUAGGAUUCCAAGUCGCCUGGUACUAACUCCGGAAACCGACCCCCUGCAUCCACCCGGCUAUGGCUAUCCGGUUUUACCUGGACUAAAACGGUUACAACCUAAGCGACCUAAGAAUUCUACAAAAACCGAAACGCGCAUAGGACCAUCGCCAGCCGACCAAGAGGAAAGAAUAUCAAAAUAUGCCAUGUAUUAUUGCUAUCUUGCUUUGGCGACAUUUGUGUGUUCGUACGGACAAAUGUUGUGUUGGAGUAUUUCCGAACUUUCAUGUUUUCGGGCGAAUCAAUAUGAAAGGGUAAGGCAAGAAGAUGUUGUGGAGGAUGGAAAAGGCGACGGGGACGGUAAAAGGAAAGGUGAAGAAGAGCAAGAGGAGGAAGAAGAAGAAGAGGGAUUUGGUGCUCGUAUAACCGUGAUCAUUCAAAAUGUUGCCAACUUUGCCUCAAGCAUGCUUGUCAGUUUCAUUCAAAAUUGGCAACUGACGUUAAUGAUGUUAGUCGCGGGUCCAGUCAUAGCGUCUGUUAUGUUUUAUAUGAAUAAGCUCAAGUCGAUUGCAUUGGAAAAAGUGAAAUUACUUAUGCAGAAAGCAAGGGGUGUUGCCAAAGGAGCUUUUUCACAAGUGCAAACUGUAGCAGCGUUCGGUGGGCAAGAUUAUGAAAAGAAGAAGUUUGCAAGUAAUUUGCUUGCUGCUGACAAAGCUGCAAAAGUUCGUAGUCUGGUUGAUGCUAUUCGGGCUGGAAUAAUGAUCGUGAUUGCCUUUGUGUUCCUAGGAAUUGGCUUUUGGUUCAGCUCAAUUCUCAUAUUAAACGGAACCUUGACACCUGGAGCCUUUAUUUCAAUAUUCAUGGCGAUAAUUUCAUCUGUACUUAAACUUGUUAAUGUCGGUGGUGCAGUUGGUGUUGAUGAAGGAAAGGAUGAGAAAGAUGAUAAGUCAAUGCUCUCAUCCGAUAAUGAGGAGGAAAAUCAACGUCCCAAUGUUAUUGGAAGAAUUCUAGAACAUUUGUCCAGUCCAGAGGAACUUUUCAAAUAUUACCCAAACAGACCUGAAGCGAUGUUGAAAGGCGGAAAUCGUUACCAAUGUAAUGACGAGUUGAUUGUUCAGUUUUGCGGUGGAAAAAACGAUCCUGACCGCAAUAAUAUGACUACCUCAGGUGCAAAGUCUUUCUUAGAGACUAAAAUACUUAGUCAGGUAAAAAAACGAGGCUUGUCACUUGAGGCAGUAAAGCUACAAAUACAGCAACUUCCAUUGAUUAUCCUCAGUCUUGUUGGAGCUGUGAUGACCGGCAUGAUAGCACCUGGAUUUUCACUCUUACUAAGCGAGAUCUUAAUAGUUACAGCUGAUCCUAAGCGUCUUAAAUCUGAACGUUAUAAGUGGGCUUUCAAGUUUGUCGAUCUUGGUAUUUUCAUUGCCAUUGGAUCUUCAGUGCAGAAAUUCUCUACAUCCUUAAGCGAAAGUCGAGUGGAGAUGGGCCUGAAAGGGAACGCUUUUAAUUCUACGAUGGAUAAGAGUGAAGCGCCGAAGACGUCAAGUGAGGAUUUGGAAAUAUCCGCUGAUGAAGAAAGACUGAAAUCGAGGAGCGAGGUGUCCAAGACAUCCACCGAGCAAGUUUUGGCACCCAAAGAGAAAGAAAAUCUGGAAAUAAAUGUUAAGGAACUUAGUCAGCCGCAAAAACUAUCGAAAGAGCCUGACAUGAAAACAAAUCUCAAGCGAACAUCUCCGAAUCCGAUAUCCGAAGAUAGCCAGGACUUAAACCUUAUCGACGAGCCGAGCAGUGCAAAAGCUGAAAGCAUGACAACAAAGAUGGAUAAAAGUUCAAUGAAAAACUCGUUUUCCCUAUCUAGUCUUACAGCAAACGUGAGUAGUAAUAUAUCGACCUUCAUGACGAUGUUCAUAGCGUUUACAAAUGGUUGGAAGAUGACGUUGGUCGUUCUUGCCGGUCAGCCAAUCAUAUCAUAUGCGAAGUCCGUGCAGAAUGACGACGACACGACGGACGAGACCAAGGAUGAGGAAAGUGACGGGAUUAUUUCAAAGGUUUGGAAAAAAGUUCGUGGUGUAACGACAUCAGCUGCUGGAAAGAUUCCUGCAAAUAAUAAUGCGUCAAAGUUCAAAGAUGAAUGUCUAAAACCUUACAAAUACGCGGUAAAGAUGCUGAUUGCAACGGGCCUUGCCUUUGCAAUUGCGGAAUGUGUGACCUUUCUUGUAUAUGCAGGAGCUCUAAGAUACGGGGGAUAUCUGGUCCGUGUUGGCGAAAUGACGGUGGAAAGUGUUAUGACGGUGCUCAUGACCGUGUUGUUUGGAGGAGCGGGGUCAUCAAACGCACCAGAAGAAAAGUCUAAAACCAAGAAAGAGUCCCCUGAAACUGAAGAAUCAGGAGAUGUCAAGGCUGACGGAAAUGACAAUUUGCCUAAAGAAAAAGUUAAACCUAAUGACGUAAACGGUGAAAUGGAAUUUCACGAGGUGGAAAUUCAUCAUCCUGAAAAGAAAAAUGUUAUUCUAAGUGGAUUAAAUAUUUCGGUCAAGCCAUCUGAGACAUUGGCUAUUGUGGGCACGACAGAUUUUAAUAGUAACGCCGUCCUUGCACUGGUUGAGAGAUUUUAUGAUCCCAGUUCAGGCUGUGUCACCUUAGAUGGCUUAGACAUACGUGAUAUGGACCCGAGAUGGUUACGGUCUCAAAUAGCAUUAGUAUCAGAAACCAGCGUGCUCAGUCAUCAUAGUAUCGCCGAUAAUCUAAUGAUCGCUGACACUGCAGGAUGCUUAUCGUACGAUUACUUGGAAGAUGUUGCUAGAAAAACUCGUCUUCAUGAAGACGUUGAGAAUUUUCCAACGUUAGUAUAUUUCAACUCAUUGGUGUUCCUUGCAAUCUGA